CGGCGACAAGAGCUCUACCACCACAAUUACCAACUCCUCCUCGGCCGGCGGCAGCAGCAGUAGCAGCAGCAAGGACAUGUCCAUCACCGGCAGCAACACAGUCAGCAGUCAGCAGCUCACGCCCAAGGAGUGGGACCGUGACAGGGAACGGGAACGGGAUCGUGAACGUGAAAGGGAUCGGCUCUGUCGCACGCCACCGGAGUCGCCUCCUGCGCUGGCGCGCAACCUGGCAGCGGCUCCGCGCUCUCCCCACUCACCGACUCAACAACUGCAUAACCACCAGCGACCGCAGCGCAACGCGAGCGCCUCUCCCGUGGUAAACGGCGGCACCAGCUCUGCCACGUCGCCGACGCCAGGAUCACAGCACGCAGCUUCUUUAGCCGCGGCUGCGGCCGCCGCGGCUGCAGCCGCUGCGCACGUGGAGCAGGCGCGGCUGCUGUCCAAGCUGCGGAAGUUCCUGGGUGCCCUGCUGCAGUUCUCGCAGGAGCUCGGCCAGCCGGAGGUAAGUGAGCGGGUGCGCGCCCUAGUGCUGUCCCUGGCUAGCAGCAACAUAUCACUGGAGGAGUUCCGGCUGGCCCUGCAGGAGGCCAUCAACCUGCCGCUGCGGCCGUAUGUGAUGCCGCUGCUGAAGAACAGCGUGGCCCUGAUGCAGCGCGAGAUCUUGGCCCUGGCGCGUGCCACCAACCAGUCGGCCAUGCAGUACGUGACCAGCAACGAGCAGGCUGUGAUGGAGCUAACGCCUCACGGAGUGGGCAGCGCCGAGUUCGCGGACAUAUUCGUACAGCUGGAGGCGCCGGCCCCGGUGGCGGCCAACGGCAAUGGCGGGGCGCUGUUCAAGCGCCGCUCCUCGGACUCCGUCAUGGAGCACAGCGCGCACAAUGGCCUACAGGAGUGGGCUGAGUACAUGCCCAACCCCGGCGCAGCCUACGCGCCUCCCACCAAGCGGCUGGCCAUGCAUCCGGCUGCCGCCCACUCGGUGCUCGCCUUCGACUACAGCGCUGCGACUGCCGCCGGCGAGGCGGCUGCUGCCGCGGGCUUCAUGCAGCGCGACGAGCGGGAGCUGCGCCUGGCCGAGUCGGGGCAGUGCGCUAGCAGACAUGCGCUGCCUCAGGUGGCGCGCGGGGGCAAUGCGCCAGCAGCAUCUGCUCCCGUCCCUGCCCCUGCUCCUGGCGGUGAGGAGGAGUGGAAGAACAUCCACACCAUGCUCAAUUGCAUCUCGGCCAUGGUCGAAAAAACCAAGCGGGCCAUCACCAUCCUCCAGCAGCGCGGCAUCGAGCCACAGCACGGCAGCAACAGCAGCCAGGACCUGACGCCCGCCGCCAUGGCCGAACUGCGUCGCCAGACCGAAGAGAAGGUGGCCGAGUUCAAGCGCAACGCCGAGGAUGCAGUCACCCAGGUCAAGCGGCAGGCGGUCAUCGAGAUACAGCGAGCCGUGGUCGCAGCUGAGACGCGUGCUGCCGAGAUCAUGACUCAAGAACGACUGCGCAUGGAAAAAUUCUUCAUGGAAAUGAGCCGUCACUCCAGCGGAGACCGCGAUCUGGACAAUAAGUCGCCAUCCAUAACCAGCGCGCAGAACGGCAGUAACCUGCAGCAACAAUGCUGGAACUGCGGCCGCAAAGCCACGGAGACGUGCUCCGGCUGCAACAUGGCCCGCUACUGCAGCGCCUCAUGCCAGUACAGGGACUGGGACAGCCAUCACCAGGUGUGCGGCAAUACUCGGGCUAGCGAGCUAGGCGCCAAGCAUUUGCACUCGGCCAGCGGUAACGCCAGCGCCGGCGGCAUGCGCAGCGCCAUGGCUGCCCGCUCCCCUCCCACGCCCACAGCUGCAGCAGCGGCGGCCGCAGCGGCAGCGGUGCAUCUGCAGGCGGCUGCUGCCGGCGUGCGGGAGUCGGCAGUUGCCGGAGGCACGUCUGGCGGCACUGGGUCCGUUGGCGUCGCUGGGGGCGGACCUGCAGUCGUCGCUGGCACAGCCAGUACGCUGGUGCCCAACGGACUGGGCUCCAAAUGACGCAUUCGCAUGAUGAAACCCAAGAAGAAAUACUUGUGCUAGUCAAAUUACCGAUCGGGCUCGAAUACGACGAUAUAAUUAUAAUCUACACAUACAUAUAGAUAUUUAACUAACUAACGUAAACCUUAACCAAAA